CCCGAGGAUCACAAAUGGAGGUGGUUCCCCGAUGGGCUUGGAGCCUUAGAUGGCACACAUGUUGAUGUUCGUGUUCCGCUACGCAAGCAAGGUAGAUAUAGGAAUAGGAAGAAGGCCAUAACAACAAAUGUGUUGGGCGUCUGUGACCGCAACAUGAAGUUUGUUUAUGUGUUGGCUGGCUGGGAAGGUUCAGCGUCAGAUGGUAGAGUGCUGAGAGAUGCAAUGGAUAGAGAUGACUCUUUCAAAGUUCCAAAUGGAAAAUACUACCUAGUAGAUGCUGGAUACACGAAUGGUCCAGGCUUCUUCGCUCCAUUUAGGAAUACAAGGUAUCACUUGAAAGAGUGGGCUGCCAAUGGGAAUAAUCCAGAAACUCCACAAGAGCUCUAUAACCUGCGGCAUGCAAUUGCUAGGAACGUAAUUGAGAGGAUUUGGGCUCUUAUAAAGAUGAGAUGGGCUACUCUAAGGGCUAGUUCAUUUUUUGGAAUAAAAAAUCAGAUUCGAGUAAUCAAUGCUUGUUGCAUAUUGCAUAACUUCCUAGCUGAUAGGCAAAGAGAGAUGGAUGAUGUGAUGUUGCAAGCGGUAGAUAAUCAGCUAAAUAAUGUCGUCAUUGAUGUGGAUGAACCCGACAUGAUUACCCACAUUGAGAUGACGAAUGAGUGGAACAACAGGAGAUUGACCCUAGCUAAUCAGAUGUGGGCUGAUUAUCAAGCUAGGCAUGGACAAGCUUGAGUUUGCUUGAAUGUUGUACAUAUUUUCUUUUUGAGAUGGAUUCGAGCAAUGCUCCCACUAAGAAAGGUAGAAGUUACAUCAAGUGGACAGAUGCAAUGGACAAAGCUCUGUUGGAUGUGUUUGUGGAAUACUUCAACAAAGGAGAUCGAGCUCAGAAUGGGUGGAAACCCCAUGUAUACACAGCUGCAGUUAAGAAAGUGAUGGAGAAAUGCACAGUCGAGCUUACCAAGGAUAACAUCAUUGCUAGGAGCAAAACUUUUGACAAGCAUUAUGUCAUUGUCAACAAUAUGCUUAGCCAGAGUGGAUUUGGUUGGGACGAUGACAAGAACAUGAUAUCCGUUGAAGAUGAUGUUUGGAACAACUAUGCCAAGGCCAACAAAGAUGCAGCCUCGUAUAGGUACAAGGUCAUCAAGUAUUGGGACAUGAUCAGUACACUUUACAACAGAGACCGUGCUACGGGCGAGGGUGCAAGGACAGCAAAUGAGAGCGCGGCUGAAAUGGCGGAGGAGAUAGCUAACACCACCGCAACCAAUAAAGAUGCCAACUCCUCAACUAAGGAUGACGAAGAUCGUCCAAAGAAGAGGUACCGUUCCGAUGACUCGAUUGCAACAAUGCUUGGAGAUAAAUUGGACAAUUUUACUGCUGUGUUCAAAGCCGAUGCUCCUGAGCCGCCACCAAAGCCAGCAAGUCCUGAAGAAAUCUGGGCUCUCCUUGGUGGAAUACCAGAACUAGAAGAUGAUCAGCUCUUGGCAAUAUACGAUGUUCUAGUUGCCGAUGAUCGCAAGUUCAAGUCUCUAUUGGUACUGCCUGAAAGGAUGAAGAAGAAGUGGGUUCUAAAGCAAAUAAGCACAUGAUUAUGUAGCAGUCUACCUGGAACUAUUUAAACUAUGAAACUUGUUGAAACUCUGGAACUUGUGAUGUAGCAGCCUUUGUGAUGUGCAACUUAUUUAAACUCUGGAACUUGUAUUU